CGAGGAUGUUUUCUCACACAUGUGCGUACAUUUGAAACAGUUGAGUGCUACUUUUGCUCCAUCGUUACAUCGAGUUGCGUCGAAGUUAGUUUUCCUACUGGAUGUGUUUUCGUCUCUUUAUCAGCAAUGACGGGAGCUACCAGUCCCAGAUCUCAGUUUUCAUCAGGAAUGUGGACUCAAAUCGUUCUUCUCGUUACCGUAGUCGGCAGUGCGUUUGGUUCAGUGGCUAUCCAGCAAGCAAAGUUAGGAGAACGUGUUGAAUUGAGCCUUGGGCCAGGAGUAGUGACCUGGAAGCGGAAGACGAGCGAAGGCGAACAAUUCAUCAAGUAUUGCGGUCCCACAGAAAAGGGACCUCGUUGCGGACAGUUUGUCAAGGAGGAUAACACUCCCGUGAAGCCAAAGUCCAGCGCUCACGUUCAACCAGAUGGUACCCUGGUGAUUGACUCUUUCCAAAAAUCUGAUGUUGGUCUAUUACUCCUCUCCUGA